UAUGGAAUCUCAAAACUACGCUCAAGAGCAGGAGAUGGAACUUGAAGCAUUGCAAGCCAUACUUAUGGAUGACUUCAAAGAAAUUGCCUCUCAUGAGAGUGGGCUCAAUACAUCAAAUCGUUGCUUCCAAAUUAUUCUAUCUCCCCAGGAUGAUGAUGAUGCAGAUGAAUCAACAACCACUCCAGUUCAAUUGGCUGUAAUUUUCUCACAUACUGAAAAAUAUCCAGAUGAACCACCAUAUCUGAAUGUGAAAAGUAUACGAGGGAUACAGUCAGAGGAUUGUAAAAUUUUGAAAGCAAAGCUUGAGCAAGAGGCAUCUGAGAAUCUUGGUAUGGCUAUGGUCUACACACUUGUUACUUUGGCUAAAGAGUGGUUGAGUGAAAGAUAUUGUCAAGCUGGGGUUUUAGACACCGAAGAAGAAGAUGCAGCUAAAGAUGACAUAGUUGUACCACAUGGAGAACCAGUUACCGUUGAGACUUUUCUUGCAUGGAGAGAACGAUUUGAAGCAGAGUUGGCCCUAGAACGAGCGAAGUUGAUGCCGGAGUCUGCACUUGCAGCACCCAAGGAGAAGAAGCUCACAGGGCGACAGUGGUUUGAAAGUGGCAGAGCUUCUACGAAAGGUGCAAUGCCAGUCACUGAAGGGGGUGAAGAAGAAGAGGAGGAAGAUAUUGACUUCGAUGAUGAGGAUUUUGAAGAUGAUGAAGAUAUGCUUGAGCACUAUUUGGCAGAGAAAUGAGAAGACUCAUCAACCCAUUCUUCAAGGAGAGGCAACUGAAAAGAUGUGUUAGAAACAUUCAGCUUUCGGUUAACUAUAGUAUGCACCAGGAUUUAUUAUCUGGUAUUUAUGUGGGGUGAGUAGUCAAUAUGAAAGUUUUAUCGUUUCCCAUUUGGGGGAAGAACCAGGUAUUGUUACAUCAGAUUGAAAUUCCUACAUUGCUCUAAGCUCUAUUUGUUUCAAUUGAAAAAAGUUCCUGGAAAA